ACGUCAAAAAGUAUAACGUAUGUGGAAGACCUGAAUUGUAUACGCCAGUCGAUGUAAAGACACAUUUUGGAGCUUAGAAUAAUGAACGGACACAAUAUCACCACAUACGUCGUGAUCGUGAGUUGUGUGGUUGUAUGCGUUCUGGGCAGCAUUGAUCUCCACCCUCGGCGAGUUGAUGAUGUCCACAAGUCUGCAGAAGAUGCGCCAUCGCCAUCCUUGUCAACGGUAACUGAACGCUGGUUUCAACAGAAGCUUGACCACUUCAGUGUGACGGAUAAUCGCCAAUGGAAACAGAGAUAUUACAUCAAUGACAAGUUCCACAAGCCUGGGGGCCCUGCGUUCCUGUACAUAGGGCCUGAGUUGGCCCUGCCUGCUAUAUAUGCUGAGGAAGGGGCUUGGCUGGAGUAUGCCGAGACCUAUCACGCCAUCGGUUUUGCAUUAGAGCAUCGGUACUAUGGACAAAGUCGACCUACAGCGGACUUGAGCACUGCUAAUCUACGCUACUUGAGCAUCGAUCAAGUUUUAGAGGAUCUUGCCAGUUUCAUCGUAGCAACCAACAAGGAACAUAAUUUCAAGGACAUAAAAUGGAUCACAUUUGGGGCGUCGUAUGGAGGUCUGGUGUCUACGUGGAUGCGACUGAAGUUUCCCCACCUGGUGACGGGCGCGGUUGCACACAGUGCACCUCUUGCUAUGCCGACGUUUUCUCCUGAUUAUUUGGUGGGAGCUGGGGAAAGCCUUCGCAAGGUGCCUGGGUGUUACGAGACUGUGUCUGCUGCUUUUGAUGAAGUUAGGGAAAAUCUGAAAACUGAUACUGGUAUGAAGAACCUGCAGUCUCUAUUUAGGGUUUGUGAUUUUGAUCCGACGAACAAGCUGGAUGUUGAAAAUCUGAUGAUGGAUCUGGUGGCACCUUUCGUAUCUACAAUACAGUUUAAUAAUGUCCAUGCGGGAUCACUGAUGCUUAUCCCAGAUCACUCGAUAUCCUCAAUGUGCAAGGUUCUGACUGACACGAGGACGGGACCCCCUCUACUUCGGUUUGCCGACUUCGCUCGCAUCUACUAUCAGAACUACACAGCCCAGAAAGAUCAGUGUCGUAAUACCACAUUUGCAUCGCUUGUCAACACAGGCAGUUAUAUCAACUACACCAAUGAUAACGCAUUUUCAGUCCGCCAGUGGAGAUAUCAGGAAUGCACCCAAAUGGGUCUGUUUGUGACGACAACUUCUGACAGGCAACCAUUAGGAAACGCAGUAGGCGAAAAUUACUAUUACAAAUUAUGUGAAGGAUUGUUUGGUCCGGCGUUUAAUGAAUCCUUGGUGAAAAGAGGACAUGACUAUGUACUGAUGAACUACGGUGGACUUGGCAUCCGGGUAACCAACAUCAUCUACACCCAAGGCAUGAAUGAUCCAUGGACCAAGUAUGGGUUUACGAAGAAUCCGAACCCAAGGGCUUAUGCAGUGGUAAUUAAAGGUGUUGGCCACGUAGCAGCUAUGUUCCCCUCUUCCUCUUCAGACAGUGCUGAUUUGAAAAAUGGUCGGCUCGAAAUUCAGCGCCAUCUUGGACAGUUGUUAUCAUCAAGAGACGUGGCCAUUGUUGGAUGAACUUCUUCUCACAGUUACACGAGAAGGCAUCAAGUUUCAAGUCAAUACGUUAUUGUACAAAGGCAACAGACCAAUUUACAUUGUAAUUAUACAAUCAAGAGCGUUUCAAGUCAAUUUUCUUAUAGAUACUUGUAAGGUUAAGAACAUAACUUGUUUCGCAAUGCCAGUUCAUGGUUGAAUGCUGAGAACCAUUACAGGGUAACCGGGAUGCAACCGACUGAGGACAUGUAUGUGAUACAUUGUGGUAGAUACAUAGCUUGAAUGAGGUAAUACAAAUGGCAUCCCCAAAAUACUGGACAAGAUGUUUGUUAAUUCUGAUCAACCAGUUCUAUGUGGAGAAACAUUGCCAUGUUGGAGGUCACUGUAACAAUAACACAUACAUAAGAUAAAAUUCUGUACCCUUGAA